UUUCGCCGCUUAAGAUGAAUAAAAAAAUCAUUAUUUUGGCAUACGCAUAUUUAGCAUCCACUUGUUUUAUUAUGUGAAAUGUUUACAACGAAUGUUCUUUAGCAGUAAAUCGGCAUUUCUCCAAUUACUCCAGAUGGUGGCAGUGUUACACCGAGCAAACUGACGUCACGGCGCGCCGAGGUUAAACAAGGAAGAGACAUCUUGCUUUCUGAUCCUUCAAAUUCACAAGCGGGACAACUAGCUAGCUAGGCUGCCUAAAACUUCAAUUAAAAUGGAAUUUGACGAGAGCCUCUUAAUCCAACGUACCGGCAAUGUAAAGGUGGCCACAGAGGCAGAGCACAAACAGCGGAUGACUUUCCACUGUCAGAAGUGCAACACUGUUUUGGGGGACUCCCUCGGCGUCUGUGGGGAGAUUAAAUGUAUGGACUCUAUCAUGUGUCUAAGGCUACUGUACCCUUCCCGCAUGGGUGGUAACUACAUGCUUCAUCCCAAUAUGAUAUUAAUCACUACCUUGCUGCUUUUCUCCCUUCAGUAGUAACCAAUGAUGUGGUCAUCGGUGACGCAAUGGAAUCAGGACAUAAAGGGGAAAUGGCUAAUUGCAUCUACAGUUCUCUGAAAUGUCGCGGCUGCCACUCUGCUGUGGGGAAAGUUAUUCACUCGGCCCCGUCGCGUUUGGCCAUGGCUCGCUCCAUCUUUCUCCUCUACAAAGCAAACAUCAGUUGUUACAUCCUCAACAGCAGCUCAAUGGUGAAAGCAUCCACACUUACAUUUGAUCUGAAGCCCUUCAGAGAAAGCAUGAAUGAGGUGAGACAGCAGUUUGAAGCACAGUUGGAUCAGAUGGCACACAUUAAGAGCAGACUGGCCGACAGGAGUGUUACCAGUGAAUUGGACAUUUAGUGUUCACAAGCAAUCAAGACUGUACCUAGUCCUGGGAAUAGGGACCAUGUGUUCACCAAUCUGCUCUCCAAUCCCUCUUCUAGUUUGUGUUGUAAUUUGUUGUUUUUUCCCCACACAUGUUUGGUGUUUCCAUUAAAGGUUUUUUGGUGAUGCAGGCA